AGCACUUGAAUUGAUCAUUAACGAUGAUUAAGAUAAUCUCAGAGUAGAAACGUUUAUUGCAAUUGAUUUCAAUUGCAAGACGAUUUUCCAUCAGCACAACAAUUAAAGUAACAAUGUCAUCCUCUGAUUUAGUUAAAAGACAAUCCGAAAGCCCAUGGGUUGAAUAUGGUGAACUUGGGACUAAAUAUAAUUCAGUUAAUCUGUGCAAAGGUUUUCCUGAUUUUCCUCCUCCCGAUCAUGUAGUUGAAGCCUUAAUCACUGCGGCAAGGAAUCAAUCAUCUCACCAAUACACUCGUCAAUAUGGUCAUCCAAGACUGGUCAACAUAUUAUCUAAAAUGUAUAGCCAAUUAAUUGGAAGACCAGUUGAUCCAUUGAAAGAGAUUUUAAUUACCGUUGGUGCUUAUGAAGCUCUUUUGUCAAUAUUUCUUGGUUUAAUCAAUCCUGGUGAUGAAGUGAUUAUCGUUGAGCCUUUUUAUGAUUGUUAUCCGCCGAUGAUUGAAAUGGCUGGUGGAAUACCUGUUUAUAUCUCUCUUAAUCCACCAGAAGAUUCAAAUCAACGAACAGUUUCAAGUUCUGAAUGGAAAUUGGAUUACAAUCAAUUAGCUUCUAAGUUUAAUGAACGAACCAAGAUGAUCGUAGUUACUACACCAAAUAACCCAACAGGCAAAGUUUACUCGAAGGAAGAAUUACUUGCAAUCGGUAAAUUGUGUCGGCAAUAUGGUUCUAUUGCUGUAAUGGACGAAGUCUAUGAAUGGGUUAUUUAUGAUGAUCUGAGUCACAUUAGAAUGGCGAGUCUACCAGAGAUGUGGCCUUACACCUUGACUGUUGGCAGUAUUGGUAAAACAUUCAGUGUUACUGGUUGGAAAAUUGGAUGGGUUUAUGGUCCGAAAAAGUUAAUUAAUCCAUUACAGAUAAUCCAUUCGAAUACGGUCCAUACCUGUGCAACACCCAUACAAGAAGCUUCAGCAAUUGCAUUGGAAAUUGAAUUUAACCGAAUUGGUAAACCAGAUUCUUAUUGGAAACAAUCAGCUAUCGAGCUACAAGCUAAAAGAGAUCUGAUUAUUAAGUAUCUUCAAACAUCGGGUGUUAAUCCCACUAUUCCUCAGGGUGGAUUCUUUAUUGUAGCUGAUUAUCGUAACAUUAAUUGGCCAUCUAACGAUACAAUUUACAGUGAAAAAAGUCCAGGAGAUAAAUUUGCUAAAUGGCUUUGCAUUGAAAAGAAAUUAUUGACGAUGCCAGUGUCUUAUUUUUAUUCGAGUUCUAAUCGAGACAAAGGCAAAAAUUCAAUUCGAUUCUGUUUUUUCAAAAAAGAUUCAACGAUUCACGAUGCUGGUAGAAUAUUGAAUAAGCUCCAAGUUAAAGUAAAGUCAAAUCUUUAGUUCGAUUGGUACAGCUCAAUAACUCAUUCAUCGACUCACCUUUGAACCUAGAAAUCGAUAUGAUUGUCAUCAAUUUCUGGUAUAAUGUCCUUUGUAAAUGAUGUAUAAAGAGCCAUUGUCACAAAUAAGGACACUUCUUAUUUUACUUUAUUGUGGCGUAACAGUAAUAAAAUAUUAAAAAAGUUUUUUCCAUUGAAAA